UGAAAAUUUCCUGAGGUUGAGUGGCUCUGCGCCGCAGGCGUUGUAUGGGAUUUGAAUAGGGGUUUUUGUUAGAAUUCUCUCUCGACAACAGUUCCAGGUAACACGCCUCUGGUCCACAAGAUGACGAAGUUUGUCGAGUCCCUGUCGAGGCCGGAGUCAGGUUGUUUAGCACAUCGUGUACAGGGACACCAGCGUUACCUAUUUGAUCCGGGGAGUCUACAUGUAUUUCGAACACUUUUGUACAUCAAAGAGCUCUUCAUUACUCCGUAGACCUGUCCACAGCCGCAUCAUCAACUGAUACCCGGAUGUCUCGAAGCGCACUGUCAGAGGACCCCCGUCAGCGCUAGCGUCGGUCUUCAGGGCUGACGAUCCAUGUGGGGCAUGGAUGGCAUGGCUGGGACCCUACGGGGCCGUUCCCGAAGACCGAACGCGCCAGGUCUGCCCAUCUUCAUCAUUCAGGAACCAGUUAAUGGGCGGGUAGAAAAUAACGAUUCAGACGUUGAAACAAGUCGUCGGGAGUGACCUGAGGGAUACCCGACAUGGGACAUACCCAGCCUACACACUACUGACUGAGGUGUCGCAUGGAGAUCGCCCAGCAGAACAGGUUUGGCUGCUGGAGGGUGCCUGGUUGGAAGUGGGUGGUGCAAGGUUUCUGGCAGGUACCACCCUCCUGUCGUGCAUCAUUAGCGCCCGACCCUCUGGAGCAACACCCCAUGAGGCCCCAAUCAAUCCUCAGCAUUUGCGGUGCACGCAGAGCUGAAGGCCAGAAGCUCGUAUUUCCUCCGCUCAUUUCCCACGCACGCUCUCUUUAUCAGAGUGUUUCGCUGGUUCUCUGGCUUUUCUGUCUUCGUGAUCCUUUGCUUUCUCCCCUCCAACGUCCCUCUCCCAGUCCGAUGUGCUGCUGAGCUGGAGAUGCUGCAGCCUGUCGCCGUCCCAUCUCGAUGAUUUCACAACAUAAAUACACCGGUUCGCCCGCCAGAAUGCCGUCUCGGAGGUCGUCUGUCGCGAUCGCCUUCAUCGCCCUUAGUUUCCUGCUGCUGCUCUACACAUCGAGGAGGCUGGGCAGUUGGACGCCCUACAACGAGCCUUAUCACCACGAGACUGAUCCCCACAAGAGCCAACAUGCGCCCCAGGGAGAUGGCGCCCACGAUACCAAGCCCGUACCGUCGACACAGGCCCCCGCCGUCGACCCCCUGUGCGAAGGGUUCCCCGACACCAGCAACAUCCUGCUCGUCAUGAAAACGGGAGCGUCCGAGUCCUUUGCGCGUGUGCCCACCCAGAUGAUGACCAUGCUCAAGUGCCUCCCCGACUUCCUCAUCUUUAGCGACAUGGACCAAAACAUUGGCGGACAAGAUAUCCACGACAGUCUGGCCACGGUCCAGGAGGCUGCGCAGGAAGACAACUCGGACUUUGACCUGUAUCGCCGACAAAAGUGGUGCGAGGUCGACCAGGAGAACUGCAACAAGCUCGGCAACCCGGCCCGGGAAGGGUGGAACCUUGACAAGUACAAGAACGUUCACAUUGCUGAGAAGGCGUAUAACAUGCGGCCCAACUACGACUGGUAUCUGUUUGUCGACGCCGACACCUACGUGCUGUGGCCCAACCUGGUCGAGUGGCUGAAGCAGCUAAAGCCGACCAAGAAGGUCUACCUGGGCAGCGUCACGCUGAUCAAUAACUUCAGCUUCGGACACGGAGGCUCGGGUUACAUCGUCAGCAAGGCGACCAUGGACGACUUCAUCGGCAACAACCCGGGUGUCGGCAACCAGUACGAUAUGAGAGCAAAGCGCGAGUGCUGCGGCGAUUACAUCUUUGCCCUUGCGCUCAAGGACAAGACGGAAGUCGGGGUCCAGCAGAUGUGGCCUACCAUCAACGGCGAAAAGCCCGCCACUCUUCCCUUCGGCCCAUCGCAUUGGUGCCACCCCAUUGUCACCAUGCACCACAUGAACGCCGAGGAGAUCAACACCUUCUGGCACUUUGAACGGAAGCGAUACCACCGCCUCGCGCAGUCUGGCAAAAAGGCCGAGACGCUAGUGAUCCGCGACAUCUUUGACGAAUUCUUGGCUCCCAAACUGAACGAGACACGCGAAGAUUGGGACAACAACGCCGACAAUCGCUUCUACCUCGACCAAUCCAACGACCGCAAGUGGGAAGACUGGAUGACGAACCGCAUGAAGAAGCAGGAUCAGUACAACGAGCACGAGAAGAAGGCACACGAGUCGUUCGAGGCCUGUGGUGCCGCCUGCAAGAGCUUGGGCAACGAGUGCUUCAUGUACAGAUACAAGGAUGGUGCCUGCAGUAUUUCCAACUCUUUCCAGCUUGGCAAACCUCUGAAGAAGGGGGCAGAGAAGGACCGGACCAUGAGCGGCUGGGACGUCGAAAAGAUCAAGAAGUGGGUGGCCGAUCAACCGGCAUGCGACAAGAUCCGUUGGCCCGAGGUCAAGACCAACUAGAAAGAGGAGUUGUCAUCAUGGUCGCCAAUGGGAGUUUCAUUCCGAUUCAAGGCAAAAAACACACAUUCAUGAGCCAUCAAGUUUAGGAAUUUUAGGGAUAGGGACUGCUUUGGCGUUUGGGUUGGCUUUGACGGGCGCUGUGGCAUACUGGGUAGGUAUAAUGAAGGAAGGGAAAGACAGGACAAAAAAAGAGGAGCUCUCUGGUACAGGACUCCCUCAGCAUCAUUGAACAAAACACUACAAAAGCGGCGGGAAUAGAUCUUUUUGGGGGGCACUUUUACAACCAGCGGCAUCUGACAAGCAAGCAGGCGAGCACGUACAUUGGUCAUUUUCUCUUGAUAGAAUUUGUUUGACGGCAUCUCUCCUUCAACAAUUGUAUAAAUCUGCUUUGGCAUAUGUAGAUGAAUGCAACCAUGUAGACAACAGGGUGUGUUUGGGUUGUUGAAACAAGUGUUGCCACUCCCCUGGAUUGGGUACCAUACGGCAAACCAAUAAUCCCGGCGUGAGACACACAUCAAGACAUGUUUUAUUGCCCAUCUCAUUUUAUCCAGCUUCACCUUCCCUGCAUCCCCAGUCCUCGUUCACGGCUCCGGCUAGAUAUACGGCUGCAGACUAGGCAAAACCCGAUCAUACGCCACACUGGACGGCGGCUCCAUUGCAAACAUGUAGUUUCCCCACCAUGGGCCGCCUCCCCACCAAGCCCAGCCAGUCCAGACAUCGUUGUUCUGCUGCAGGUAGCUCAGCAUUCCUGUCAGGGCAGCAAUGCAGUUGGUGUUGGCCCCGCCGGCUGUCUCUCCGAGGAAGCCCUUCUUCUUAUUCUGCUUCAGCCACUCGGUAGCAGCACGGACACGUUCAGCGCCGAUGGUGCGGGAAACGCAGGUUUCCGAGGUGCCGGAGCCGUCGCUGUCGAGGUACUGGUGCAUUUGGGGCAAAAUAGGGGCCAUUACCCAGGUCCAAGCGCCAGUCCAAGAGUUUCCUUCGACCAUGAUGUACUGAGCCGUCGCUCCCGUGGCACGGAUGGCGUCGAUAGCAGCUUGGUUGAGGCGGCGGACUAGAUCAUCAGCCAUGUCGUGAUACUCGUUGUUGGUGUCAAAGAUGACCUUGUCGUUGUUGACGAAGAGCUUGGCAAUGGUGGUCCACCAGGCCGCGAAGCCAGCUACAUCGGUUAUGACGUUGUUGUAGUAGCGGCCAAAGUUGUGGGGGUCAAUGAUGGCAUAGGCGCCUUUGCUGGUGACAUAGUUGACGAUCUGGAGCUUUAUUAGCGACUUAUCA